AUGUACUUGAACGACACCUUCUCGACGUUGAAGAUGGACAAUAUGGCCCACUGGAUGCAGCACCUACGCUCUUUCCCGACGACUCGACCUGUCGUCUGCCACGCCGAGGGCCAAACCUUGGCCGCCGUGCUGAUGUGUGCCCAAUUGGCCGGCCGCGCCGUCCACAUCUGUCACCUGGCCACCGCUGAAGAGAUGACCCUGGUCCGCGAGGCCAAGCAAAAGAUCGGUUCCGCCCAACGCGCCGCCGCCGUCUGCACGCAACCGGUGGUGAAUGCUGGAGAUGGCGCUGGCGAGCACCCAACACAAGCCCUGCUCGAUGUGUUCACCAUUCGGCAAGAGCUUUCCUCCAUCAACGGGCUCACAAUCGCGCUCGUCGGCGAUCUGAAGAACGGCCGCACCGUCCACUCGCUUGCCAAGCUCCUCACGCGCUACAACAAAAUCACGCUCCAUUACGUGUCCCCGGUGGAAGAGCUCGGAAUGCCCGAAUCGGUCUGCGACUACGUCCACAAGCACAGCCAGAUGGGCGAUCGCCCCGGGGAGACGCGGCCCGCUUUUGUCCAGAAAAAAUUCACCGAUCUGGCGGAGGGCAUCAAGGGCGUCGACGUCGUCUACAUGACUCGAGUUCAGAAGGAACGAUUCAGCGACCAGGCCGAGUACGAGCGCGUCAAAGGAGCCUUCGUUUUGACGCCAAAGCUCCUCGACGAAUCGACCCAGGAAAACGAGACGACGGAUUACAAUGUGCUCGGCCAACAAAGCGCCAAGCCGAUCGUGAUGCAUCCGCUGCCGCGUGUCGACGAGAUUUCGCCCGAACUCGACCACGAUGACCGCGCCGCCUACUUCCGGCAAGCCCGCAACGGCAUGUUCGUCCGGAUGGCCGUCCUGACGCUGCUGCUCGGACGCGAUCAAGAUCUC